AUGGUGAUUCUCGUUACUGGUGGAGCCGGUUUCCUCGGCCGUAACCUUGUUCAGCUUCUUCUCGACCACAAUCACGAAGUAGUAGUCAUUGAUUCAUUAUGGACGGGCUCGCGCAGCAACUUUGAUGGUCUGAGAGGGAACAAGAAGCUACGAUACAUCCAAUCGGAUGUGAGGGACCCUUUACCCUCCAUACCCGGAGUCGAACAGAUCUACCAUCUCGCAUGCCCCGCAAGUCCAGUACACUUCGAGACGCGCCCAAUCGAUAUCCUACAGACUUGCUUCAAUGGAGCGACGAAUGUCUUGGACUACGCAGUCAAGCACAACGCUCGUAUACUACUAACCAGCACCUCAGAGGUUUACGGUGAUUCUCAGAUCUCAUGCCAAUCAGAAGACUACCGAGGGAACGUGAAUUGUUUUGGCCCCCGCGCCUGCUACGACGAGGGCAAGAGAGUGAUGGAGGCCCUGGCAUACGGGUACCAUCUUGAACAUGGACUCGAGGUUCGGAUCGCCCGGAUUUUCAACGCGUACGGGCCAUAUAUGAGCGAGGAUGACGGCCGUGCAGUCCCCAACUUUAUCAUGGCAGCAUUGAAGGGAGAGCCCAUGACCAUCUUCGGAGACGGACAUUCUACCCGAUGCUUCCAAUAUGCCAAGGACUGCGUGGAAGGAUUGGAGGCACUCAUGAACAGCGACUACUCCAGCCCUGUCAACAUUGGAAGCGACUGCGAGAUCGAAAUCAGCGAGAUUGCAGAGACCAUCGCCCAAGUCGUUGCCUUAAAACUGGGACAACGGAACCCUGUGCCGAUUAACCUGCUCCCAGCAAGAGAGGAUGAUCCAAUCAACAGAAAACCAGACACAACGCUUGCGGAGACUGUUCUUGGUUGGAGACCCAAGGUUUCGUUACAGGAGGGCAUUUCAACGACGGUGGACUGGUUUAUUGAAAGGGAGGGCGAAUUGGUGAGCAGACUCUAG